UACUCCCCCCUUGUAAUCAACGAGGGCAACCCACCUGGAACUUUCUUUUCAAAUAAUCGUCAACCCAAAAUUUGUACUUGUCUCCCUUUGGUAAUUUCCCCUUCAUCUUCUUCCUUCUAUCUCCUGCACCUUUCCUAAUCUUGCUUACUAAGGAACUAAUAUAAUUUAUUCAACUACUUUAAUACUUACAAGAAACAUCAAACAAAACAACCUUUUCCCCUUUAUUAUUUUACAGACACCCAAAAUUUAGAAUAAUCAAAUCCCCAUUCGAUUCUGGAAAAAAAUGAAAAUUAUGCUGCUUCCGCCUUUUCCCAGUUGAAAACAUGAGGAACCCGGUUCAAGUCUCUUCCUAAGAAAAAAAUAAACGGCUUAUCUCCCCUAUAUACAUAGUACUAACCAUUUUCAAUUUAAAAAAGCCCCUUUUUUUCCGUUGAGAUUGGUGUUGUUCGCACAUGGAGAUUUUUACAAAAGCCAAGGCUGUGAAACUCAGGGGUCACCUUGAGAAAUACUUAGUGGCCGACGAUGAUCAAGAAGCCGUGCGCCAAAGUCGAAACAGCUCAGGCAAAAGAGCUAGAUGGUUCGUGGAGCUUGUUCAUGAUAAACCGAACGUGGUCCGCCUCAGAAGCUGCCAUGGAAAGUACUUAGCAGCCACUGAUAUACCCUUUCUUUUAGGCAUGACGGGUAACAAGGUGCUGCAAACGGUACCCGAUAAGAUGGAUUGGAAACUCCAGUGGGAGCCUAUAAGAGACGGCUUCCAAAUCAAGUUGAAGACCUGGUGCGGUAAAUUUUUGCGUGCCAAUGGGGGGACCCCGCCUUGGAGGAACUCCAUCACUCACGAUGAGCCUCAUACUGGAGCGACGCAGAGAUGGAUAUUAUGGGACGUGGAGGCGGUUCAGGUUCCAGAGUCGGACUCGGUAUUGGAGUAUAUAUCGUCAGUUUCGAGCUUUUCUUCGGUGUCCGAUGACGUUUUGGAGGCUUUGAGCGAUGAUGUUUUAGGGUCAGGCCCACAAUCCCCGAUCUCAGUCGUCUCCUCCGUCAAGUCUCCGAGGUUUUCAGUGUUUUCAACCGGGUCAGCCAAAUUGUCACCCAAACAGGUAAACUCUAACAAAUAUCAGGCGGGGAUGGAUUUGUUCCUCAACGCCAAAGCGGUGCGCCUACGUGGUCACCAUGACAAGUAUCUCGUCGCCGAGGAAGACGAAGAAUCCGUUUCUCAAGACCGAAACGGAUCCUCCAAAAGCGCUCGAUGGACCGUCGAAUUCGUACCCGGGUCAGAAAACAUCAUCCGCUUAAAAAGCUUUUACAACAAGUAUCUCACCGCCUCCAACCAGCCCUUUUUACUUGGGAUGACUGGUCGAAAGGUGAUUCAGUCGCUGCCUAGGAGGCUCGACUCGUCGGUCGAGUGGGAACCCAUUAAAGUAGGAUCUCAGGCAAAGCUCAAGACUCGUUACGGUAACUUUUUGAGAGCCAAUGGAGGGUUACCGCCUUGGAGGAACUCGGUCACCCACGAUAUUCCUCAUAGGACGGCUACUCAAGAUUGGGUGUUGUGGGAUGUGGAUAUUGUGGAGAUUCAAGUCCAGUCUCCAGGGAGUGGUCUACGGCCCUCGGCCCCUCCUGCUGUUCCUCACGGUGAUUCCUUGAACUUCGAACCUACUUCACCUUCUGCAGUUUCUGCCAAUUCUGGACACUUUUCAAGACAAGAGUCAAGUGAUUCAUAUGUGGGUUCAUCACCUCCAAAAUCCGAAGGUAGGACAAUAUACUACCAUGUAGCGGAUGAAAAUGGUGAGGUUGAUGAUGAGGCAGUAGAGGGGUACUCUUUUAGUUUUAAGGGCAAUGGAGUGGAUGAACUAACUCAUAAAUUGAAGGAAGAGACGGGCCUUGAAGAUGUUGUGGUGUGCACUCGCAGUCCUUUGAAUGGGAAGCUAUUUCCUCUCCGAUUGCAGCUUCCUCCUAAUAACUCCGACAUGCAUGUCGUUGUAGUUCCAUUAGCCUCCAAAGUGGGAAGAAAUUUUGCGAAACAAGGAAUUAAUAUGUGAGAGCUCCAUGGAAGGAAUGUAAUAGAUAUUAUGGCGACAUAACAUGCCUUGUACAUUCUACUCAUCAAGUCUUUCUUAUACUAGAUUUAAGUAUUCAAUGAGUCGGCAACAUCCCAUUGCGUUUUUCAGCUAUAAGUUGGGUAAAAGUCCAGUGGAGAGUGUAAUGUUCCUGCUAUGGCAGAGAUUGAUUAUAUUGUGUAGAAUAUUGACGUGGAUACAUGCUUUUUAUUUAUUUAUUUAUUAAGCGCUUCAAUAAUUGGGUUUUGAUGUAUAAAGAUUGUAACAAAACUUAUUUCAAGUCCAAGAUAUACAUCAUCUUAUUGCUUUGCCUCUUCAA